AUGAUUGCAUAUUGCUAUGUUGAGGACAACAUCGGACUCAUCCAGCUCGAUGAACCAGCAAUUCAGCAAAGCGAUCCGACAAUACUUGCGAUGCAACUGCGGCGUGCCAACAGAGACGUAACAACACAAGAUGAUGCUCCCGUAAAGCGGCUUGAACGAGCUGACAAAUCCUCCCACGAAAUCGAUAAGUGGAUCAACAACAUAAAGGUUGAAGACCGUAAUAACUUUCUAACCCUGAAACUCCAUUCUGCUAACUAG